AUGCCCCGCCCCCAAGCCCAACCGCUUUGCGACUGUCUCGCCCGGACAACACAAGCCCUCCAUCGCUUCCCAAACUUCUCGACUGGAUCUUCAGAUACUUAUUACAUACCUCUAGAUGAAGUCCUCACUGUCGGAGACUCUUUGAUUGACCACUGGAAACUAUUACAUGGCUGCCGCGUAACCGAUACCCAUCUAGACAAGCGAAUGCUGCAAACAAUGAUAGAUGCGGCCAUCAAGAUGCUCACACUGUACGACGCGGCGGUUGCCUCAAUAAUCGGAGGCUGGCGUGAGACCCAGGAGCCCAACAGUGGGGGUAUUGACCCAUCUAACAAUCCGGCGAGCACUUGCGACGGAAACAGAGAUGACCCAGUGGAAACAAAGCCUAAAGUCAUUGUAACCAAGGUGACGGUAAAUGUCGGGGUUCUGCAACUAGAUAUCCAAGAAGUAGCGGCUGUGGCGGGAGAGAUUUUACGUCAGGCUACUACGUGGUUGGGGGAGAUGCUGCAUGAUAUUGAGGAAGACAUGAGUAUUCUUCGGGAUGGGGUGAAUCAUUCUCAAGGGAGUGUCAAGCUGAGGGAGGUGAGAGAUCUCAGGUCUUGGAUGCUUCGAAUUUUGGGACGAAUCAACAGUAACAAUAUGAAUAUGAACGAGUUGUGA